GAGGUUUUAACAGUUUCUCAAAGAGGUUUGUAACCUCCAUAAAUUAUUUUACACUUUUGAUUCCCCUCCAUUUUUUCGGCCUUUUCCUCCAAUGUUUUACACUCACUUUGCUCACUGAACGUUUCCCUCAAAUUUCCAAACCCGAGAUUCUUAUUUUCACUUUCGUUUUGAAAACUCUUUCAUCAAAUUGGAUUCAUCGUACCGAUGUUCAUCUCUGUCAUCUUCGUGCUUGCUCGUCAGCCGGUGCUCAUCGAUCAAUGCUCCUUGGUAGAUGUUCAAUCAGUCUCGCAUUUCAUUUGCAUAUCGUUGGACAAUUGAGAGAGGUAUCAAACAAGGUUCACAAUGCAGAGUUAAAAUUGUUUUUGGAAGUGGAGCUUGGGCUGGAGAAAGAAGCAUAUAAAAAUGGAGAAACACUACCUUCGGAAGAUUCCUCUGUGCAAAGUACCUAUGCUCCUGUAGAUGGAGAACAACUAAAUGAAUUUAGUGAUGCAAAUAAGGAUCAAAAUGAUGUGCAGGGGACACAUUCACACGGCCAGGGAGUUCCAUCUCCAUCUACUGCUGGGACUCCUUCAAGUGUAGAUUCACCAACAAAAUUAUCUGGAAAUACUGAUCAGGGGUUAAUGAAGAAAUUGAAAGGAUUUGAUGGGCUUGCAAUGUCAAUAGGCAAUUGCAAUGCAGAGAGUGCUGAGCUUGGAGCUGAAAACAGUUUGUCACAGAGUGUGGAUACUGAGCGUUCUAGCGAAGGAAGUGAUGGCAACACUGCAGGGGCUAAUCAAACAAAAAGGAAAAGAAGCCGAGAGCAAACAUCAACCACUGAUGGAGAAGGGAAAACUGAGACACAAGAUGGCCCAAUUUCCAAAGAGACUGCAUCUUCGAAAAUGAUUAUGCCUGCUACCCCAGCUAGUAUUGCAGGAAAGUUUGUUGGUCCUGUAAUUUCUUCAGGUUUUUUCUGAUAAUGGAAUUUGGAGAAGAAUCUUUAGAAUGAUUAUAAAAACAAACUGGUGAUGCAAAUGAGCCUGAGUCUACCAUGGGUACAAGAGGAUCAUCUGGUGGUAGCAAUAUUUAGGGUGUUGAUGAUGUUUUUUAGGAUGAAACUAUUUUAGUGUAUUAUGAACUUUGAGUAAAUAUGGAUUAAGUUGUAAUUGUUUCAAUUUAAAUUGCUUUUAUGUUAAUAUGUUGAUUUUGAGAAUCAAAAGUUCUAAUGAGAUAUAUUUGAGCACUUUGGUUGAAGUA